AUGGGUGAUGAAACUUCAGUCGAAAUGACGGAUUUUCGUUUUUCGGGUCUUCAAAAGUGCAGAAUAACAUCAAGUGAUAAAAUUACGAGUUGUUUCCCUUCAGUAGCUGUAUCUUCUCAAGCUCAAGUGAUUGUAACAUGUACAGGACGCACGGAAUUGACUGCUUGUCCUUCUAAUCUAAUUCAUGAUCUUCGUGUCAAUAAAGAAAAUGUUAAUACAGAAUUCCAAGGUCUUCCCAAGAAAACAAUACUCAUAGAUAACAUUGAGGAAAUCACAUCUAUUGGAGUGAGUUGUGAUGGAAAAAUCCUCGGCGCUCUUGUCAAUAGCUCGACUGGAUGUUUCGUAUACCUAUUCGAUAUUCGGGUGUUUUUCCAAAGCUAUUCCGGACCGACUGCUCAUUUCUGUUCAGUUCGAUUAGGAAGUGAUGCUACAUCCAAAGGAGUAGCUUUAGAAUGGAACCCUACCAUAGCUGACGUAUUCGCAGCUUCUGGCUCAGAUAAAACGGUUAUAGUAUGUUCAGUUAGUUUGGAGGAUCCGAAAAUUUAUAAAUUAUUGGGAAUUAAACAAUUUCCGGAUGUUCUUACAAUAAUCAGUUGGAGUCCAAAAGGAAAACAGUUGACCGCUGCUGAUAGUGCGGGAAAUAUUAUUCAACUCAAGCCAGAAUUAGAGGUUGUGAGGAAAACCCCAGUCAAAGAAGGUCUACCAUUAACUGCUGCAAGUUCCUCCUUAACGAUUUGUGGACUCUGUUGGCUUGCAACAACAGAUUGGCUCGUGUCUUUCUCUGAAGAGGGAAAAUCAGAUACUUACACAUUUCUGCUGAAAAUUAUGAAGAAUAAGCCUCCGCAGUGGAUACUUCUUCCUGAUUUACAAUAUGGAAAUCCCUCUUCUAAGUUCCCUCCUAGGAUAUUCACUGCUAGUCAUUUACUGGUGAACUGGAACUUAGUUUUGAUAUGUAAUUCGAAAACGAGUGAAAUAACUGUGGUAGGAAAAACAGGGGAAGACUGGAAGGUUUGGAGUUUGGAUGAUUGUGAUAGAUUCGAUCUUCCAACAAAUGCUGAAAUGGCGGAUACUUUCCCAUUAGGAAUGGCGUUGGAUAUCUCUUCGUCGAAAACUGUCAUCCUGGAGGAUUCGGCGACAAAGACUCAUAGACCUUCUCCAAUCCUUAUGGUGCUCAAUAGUGAUGGGGUUCUAGCUUCUAGUCAUGUGAUCUUAGAUCUGGGUGUUCCCGAUGUUCAAGUUAAACCUGAUAUCAUUAGUUCGGAAGGUGUUGUGAUUGGAAACUCUCAACCAUCUAUAGCAAGCGGAGAGAAAUUCCACACAGAUAAAGCUAAAUCAUUGUUUACUGCCGCUGCUGCUACUCCAGCUUCUAAUUCCUUGUUCGGUGGCGCUGCUUCUACUCCAGCUUCUAAUUCCUUGUUCGGUGGCGCUGCUUCUACUCCAGCUUCUAAAUCUUUGUUCGGUGGAGCUGCUUCUACUCCAGCUUCUAAUUCCUUGUUCGGAGGCGCUGCUGCUACUCCAGCUUCGAAUACCUUGUUUCCUAAAACACCCGGACCACCUGCUGGUGUCUCAUCGAUAUUUGGAGGCUCUGCCACUCCAUUAUCAACUGUUUCAACUCCAGCUACAAGCACUGCCUUUACUGGAUCAUCUGGUUUUGGAAAAAGUUCCGCUCUCUCUUCAUUGCUUGGUGAAGCACCUAAAACAACCUCGACAGUUACUGCUAGCACUCCAAUUUUUGGGAAUGCUUCUGCAGCUACUACAGCUACCGUUCCUGUUCCAUCUACUCCUCUUUUCUCAAAGCCACCUGGAGGCCUAUUUCCUCAAAGCACAACACCUUCUGUCGCUACUCCCAAUCCAAUUGCUAAGCCUGCGCCGAAACCAGUGGUAUCACCACAAAAGUCUCUUGCAUCUGCCGAUCUCACAGAGCAUACUAAGACCACUACUGAAUCUGUUCCUGUACCUGUAGUGAAAGAUAACAAAGCUGAAAUAGAGCAGGCGAAAAAGUCUUUCAUGGCUGUUUACAAAAAAAUGAUGGAGGAGAUGACCGGCUUGAAAGAUGAUAUUGGAGUUGUUCACACAGGUUUACAGAAAACAAAACCGAUCGUCCAUGAGAGUGAGCAUGAUAUUGAAGGACAAGAAGUCGUUUUGGAAAUGAUUAAAACCAACUCACAACUCGAAGAAAGUAUGAGUGCUUUAGAGAAACAAUUGAAAGAAGCGUUCGCGACCGCAGCAGAAAAGUCUGAUAUCGCUGAUAUGUUCCAAGGAGAUAAAAGUUUAUUGAAGAGGUUAAAAGAAACGGAUGAUUUCGAUAGAGAAGAGAGAAUGAAACGAUUGGUCAUUCAUAUGGACAACUUAAAAGAGAAGUACGCUGAUGCGAAAAAAAUGCUGGAGCAAGCAAAGAAACAACAAGUUAGUAAAUCCGCCCAUCUACUUCCAUCUGCUAUUGGAGCCGACGACUUGAUUCAUAAACAAGUGAAAGCUAUCAAUAAGUCCAUGACAGCUCUGAGGUUCCGCCUGGACACUGUCGAAGAUGAUAUCAAGCAUGUGGCUCAAGUUGCCAAGAAAUUAGACGUAAAGAAACAGGGAAAACCUAAUGAUAAGCAGGUAUUAGCGGUUAACAUUUUGCGUGUGCAGCCUGUACCAGCUCCGUCUGGCGAUCUUGACGCAAUGAGAAGAGAAAUGGCCGCGAUUGUUCAAGCUAAAUUGAAACAUCCUCCUAAAUUGAGAAGAAUAGUUGCAUUGCCUUUCACUAAUGAAACUCUGCCUCAAACUUCAGCUCCAAAUGCUUUGAACAUCUCAGCCUUACAAAAAGAACAAAUUGAGAAAACUCGACCAAUCGUGAAACCUGUUGUUCAUAUGAGUGAUGCGGCCACUCAAGCUGAUAUGGUUUUACAAACAAUCGCUCCUACAGUUGUAAAACAACCAGAGACACCCGUGAGCAGCAGUUUCUCUACUUCAAUCGCUACACCAAGUCUUAUUACUAAUAUCAACAAGCCUUUGAUCUCAUCUACUCCUCUUCCAAAAGUACUUUCGGAAACGAAUACUGUAAAUACUGGUACACCUAAUGUGAUAAGCGUCAAUAGUGUGAUAGGCUUGGAUACCAAGAAAGAUAACACCAUUCAAGGAUCUCAAUCAUUGAUUACAAACAAGCCCGCUUCAGCUAAAGCAUUCUCUUUUGGAGGUAAUCCGGAGAAACCUGCCGAAAAAGUUGACCUGAACUCUACUUCUUCAAUCUUCGGAAAGUCUCCUCUGAAGGAUGCAAUUGAUGCUCCUAGUGAGGAAAGUUCUAAAGCAGAAACGAAAACUUCUACUUCUGUGAAACCUGCAGAGUCACCGAAAACCGACAUUCCAGAAAAAUCUGAAACAACCGAACCUAAAACUGAUGUGAAGAAGGAAGAUACAACGACUGCAGAAACUACUUCUACAGAGCAAAAAUCGUCAAUCUUUGGAGGAAGCGCUGCUAAGACUACAUCUAUAUUUGGGGGAGCUACUACUGAACCUCUUAAAACUUCUAUAUUCGGAACUUCUUCCUCUACCGCUUCUACACCACCUUCCAUUUUCGGAGCAUCUACAUCUGCUGCCUCAACAUUACCAUCCGUAUUCGGAACUACUACAUCUGCGGCUUCAACAGCAUCAUCCGUGUUCGGAACUUCUACGUCUACAGCUUCAACAACAUCAUCCGUGUUUGGAACUUCUACGUCUACAGCUUCUACAACACCAUCUGUUUUUGGUACUUCUACUUCAUCUUCCACAAAGACUUCUGUCUUCGGAGCUGCUUCAACUACUGCUCCCGCAACAUCUUCCGUGUUCGGAGCGCAAUCAUCAGCAGCUCCUGCUGCUACUUCUUCCGUGUUUGGGUCAUCUACGUCUGCAGCUUCUAAAACACCGUCUGUCUUCGGAGCAGCUUCGUCUGCUGCCCCUACGACAACAUCGUCUGUGUUUGGAGGUUCUGCCAACGCAGCCUCACCUGCACCUUUCGGAUCUUUUGGCAAAGCAGAAUCAGCUCAACCAACAAAUGCUGCAGCUUUCUCGUUCAAAAAUUCUCAAGGCAGCGCCACACCAGCUGCAACCAAUGUCUCAGGAUUUUCAUUUAACAAGCCUAGCUUAGGUGGAGGAUCCAACAUGGGUUUCGCUGCCGCAGCAGCUAAAGCAGCUCAAGAAGGAAUGAUGGAAGAUGAUAUGGGAGAUGCAUCUGGAGCUAAUAAGCCUUCCGGUUUUGGAAGUUCCUUCGGGUCAUUGUCGUUUGGGACUAGCAAACCAGCAGACAGCAGUAAGAAUGUUUUCGGCUCUGUGAGUCAAAGUGCAAACUCUAAUAAAGAAGGAUGGUUAUUCAAAAAAGACGCAAGCGUUUCAUUUGGAGCCCAACAGCCUCAACAGACUAACCAAUCUUUCGGAUCAUUUGGUUCAGGACAAUCACAAAGUGUUUUCGGCGGUGCUCAACAAGCAGCUUCAAAUACAUCAUCUUCGGCUUUCGGUGGUACUCCGAAGUUUGGCGGUAAUCCAGCUUUCGGCGCGAAGCCUGUGUUUGGAGGAGGAUCGUCACCUUUUGGAUCAAGUCCUGCCAAAGGAGGAUCAGUCUUCGGCGGUGGUGCUUCGACGGGCGGAGGUUUUGCUGCGUUCGCUAACAAUGCUUCCGGUUUUGGUGGUGGUCAGCAAUCUGCUCCUGGAACAUCCAUAUUCGGUGGAGGUUCUAAUCAACCAGCACAACAGCCAACUGCUUCUGUUUUUGGAGGUAGUCAAAAUAAGAAUUCUUUCAACACUUGGAGAUAA